AUGGAUCGUUUAAGUGACCCCCAGGGAAAUCCGUUACGAAAUCCGCCGCGCGGAAACCCGGAUCGACCGAACGGUAAUCGCCAAGAACGUCGAGCCGCGGCGGCUUGGCGGAGGGUGCAAACUGCUAUAUCAGAAAGUAGCGCAGAAUCUCCCGCGGAACCUAAGUACCGCCGAAGUCAAAUGGAAGGCUUCGAGCGAAGGCUACAAAAUCUACAGGAUCAAUUUAAAGGCAAGGUGAGGCCUUCUGCUGAGAAUCUAUUAACCUCCUCGCCCUUCGUGGAUGAAAUCAUGGACUAUCGGGCUCCCGCGGACCUAAAAAUCCCAGAACAUGUUACUUUCGAUGGGACGGGGGAUCCCCGAGAACAUUUGGUCAGUUAUCAGGCCAAAAUGCAAGUUUUAGGGGUGGAAGAGCCACAUAUGUUCAAGGCUUUUCUCCCUACUCUCAAGGGGCUCGCUCAAAAAUGGUUUUUGGCACUGCCAAGCUGUUCUAUUCGGUGCUUCAAUGAUUUAGCCGACCGAUUCCUUACUCAUUACGCCGUAAACAUCAAGCCGCAGCGCAAUCUUACCCACUUGAGCGGAAUCAGUCAAGAUGAGGGAGAAGCUUUGAAGACGUAUCUGGCUCGCUGGCAAAAAGAGGUACAAACUAUCGAGGGGUUAGACGAGCAAGUGGCUAUCACCUUUUUUAUGGAGUCGCUCCGAGCGGGCAAAUUGUUUAUUGAUCUCCACAAUGAUCGUCCUAGGACGUAUGUGGAGGCUAUCCAGAGAGCCAGUCGUCAGGCAGACACAGAAGAGGCUGUGAGACAAAAACGGCAGCGAGAAGCUGCCGGAUCCAGCGCUAAGUGA